UUUACUACAGAUCAGUCUCUCAUCAGCUCAUCUGUCAUUUUAUUACUGAACCAGUUCUGAAGAGUUUGUCUUCAUAUUUGUGAACUGAAAUCAAUGAAGAUGUUUGACAGAUUCUGGUUCUGUUUGUGUUUCUGGCGUCUGGUUGGUGAGUUUAAAUUAUUUUUUUAUGGCGUCAGUUGCUUCUGUUCUGGUAGCAUGUAAUAAAAUACUGGAUAAUUUAGUUUGAGAGGUUUAAUAUUCACUUAUUCUCAUAUAGUAAUAAGUGAACUGUGGUGAGAUCAAGUUUAAAUUCAGAUCUAAAUUCAGGUCUAUUAUGGAAUGAUAAAAUAAAAUAAAUAUGAAGCUUAAAUACCCGACAGUGUUAGAUUGACAUUAAAGAUUAAAGUAAAAGUGUGACCAAAAGUGAUGUCUGGAGGAGAUUGGUUUGAGGAUUUGUAUUUAAUGACUCUACAAGUUUGAUUAAACCAUCAUAAUGAGAGGAAAGUGUUAUAUAUCUUUAAAAAAAGCUCUGUUCUUCAGGUGUGUUUGGUGAAAUUAAGUACGUGAAAAUUGGACAUUCAGUCACUCUAAACUCUGGUCUUUCUGAAAUGAUGGAUAAUGAUCUGAUUCGGUGGAGGUUUGAAAAAAGAUUAAUAGCUGAAAUCAAUGUGACGGCCGACAGAUUCUCUGUAUUUGAUGAUGUUCAUGACGGGAGAUUCAGAGACAGACUGAAGCUGGACAAUCAAACUGGAUCUCUGACCAUCACAAACAUCUCAACUGAACAUACUGGAUAUUAUGAAGUAGAGACCAACACUGUGAGCGAGAGUUUCUGGCUCCGUGUCUAUGAUGAAAUAUUAGUGAAGGAGGGAGAUUCAGUCACUCUGAACUAUGAUCAUACUGAAAGAGAUUAUGAUCCGAUUGAGUGGGGGUUUGAAGACAGUUUAAUAGCUGAAAUCUAUAAAUGGGAUGAUGGAUUCACUGUAUUUUAUGAUGCUCUUGAUGGGAUAUUCAGAGACAGACUGAAACUGGACAAUCAAACUGGAUCUCUGACCAUCACAGACAUCACAACUGAACAUACUGGAGUUUAUGAACUCGCGAUCGACCGUAGGAGCAGAAUGAGGAAAACGUUCUUUCUCAAUGCUGUCAAUGAAGAAAUAUCAGUGAAGAAGGGAGAUUCGGUCACUCUGAACUCUGAUCGUACUGAAAUAAUGAAUGGUGUUUCAAUAGAGUGGAGGUUUGGAGCUGAAAUCACUUUAUUAGCUGAGACCAGUAGAAGGGUUGAUGGAUUCUCUGUAAAGGAUGAUGUUCUUGAUGAGAGAUUCAGAGACAGACUGAAGCUGGACAAACAAACUGGAUCUCUGACCAUCACAGACAUCACAAAUGAACAUGCUGGACGUUAUUUACUACAUUUAGGACCAAAACAUUUAAAUCUAAAACAGUCAUUAAAAGCUUUCACUGUUUCUGUCUCUGACUCUGUCCACUGCUGUGGUUCUACUCAAGCUGUGAUCCGAUUGGUCCUCUCUGCUCUGGUGGGCGUGGCUACUGUCAUUCUUCUGGUCUAUGACAUCAGAUCCAGAAGAGCUGAAUAAGAUCAAGCACAGAUUCACACA